AUGGAUGGAUUAGGUGGUUAUUUUUGGAAUGCUGCCAAAGUAUUCCCUGAUAUAGCACAGAAUGUCAAAUGUGCGCUCAAGGAUAUAGUGAUACCCAGUGAUGAUGAAAUGCCAAAAUAUACAUCUUCCCAAUCAUGUGGCGUCAUGAAAGCUUCUCAAUCGAAAUUGCCUAACGUCUAUACGACUGAAACCUUAGGACGGACCCCAAAAACGGUACUUAAGGUCCCGCCCUUCGGCAAGAAUAGGGGAAUUUCCCAUCACAUAAGUCCAGAACUAAACACUAGUGAACCAUCGAAACAAGACAUUGCACUCCCAUUUCAGAAACCCAAAUUAUCAAGCACAACUAUGAAACAAGUUGAGAGUCUGAUUCCGAAUAUUCAAGUGCCGCAAAAGUCACUGCUCAAACUAAAUAGCUCCAACGGAUCAAAGUUUGGCACUAUAGACGUUUUUGAGGACAUCAACACGCUUAAUGACAAUCCAUAUACUCUAACAUUAGAGCCUUCUAUCCAUAGAUUGAAGGCAUCUAGUCAGGCAUCAUUUCUAGACGGAUCUCCCACUAAUCUGACACAACGAAAGACAUACAACCAAUGUAAAAUUCAUACAAAGAACAUGAUAAGCAGCUGUUGCAGAACCUGCGAUUUCUUGCCUUUAUGUGAAGAAUGUAUUAAAGCUCACGAUGAGCAUACAAUAAUCACAAUUUCCGAGGGUGUUGGUGAUGUAGUUGAAGUUUUUAGGGAGUGUUUAUCUGUUGUGGUAGACAGGCACAAUGUGAUGGAAUCUCUGUUGCCUGAGAUUAGACAUUUUUCUGCAAAAUCUGAAACUAUGCUAAAAAAUGUCAAACGUUCCGUUGAAAAGUCCACAACCUGUCUCAUGGACGCCAUCAAGGCAAGGGAAGAUAGUACCAACUCUGAAAUUCGCCAGCUGCUGAGUGUAGGCUCUGAUAAAUUGAACUCAUUACACAAAGAUUCUAUUGCUUAUUCUAAAUAUAUUUUGGAGAGAUUGAAGACUUUGGAAGAUUUGGAGAAAAUCAGCGGCACUAAUACUGGUCUAGCAUUGAACACAUUCAUAGACUUGAAACCGGAAUAUGAAAGACUUAUAUAUCAAUGCCAAGACAUACCCUUACUGGGUCAACCUCUAAUCCAACAUUGGUAUAUUAAUCCUGGUAAUAUUCAAAAUUUGUUGGCGACAGAGGAGAUAUACAUAACUAAUUCAUCACGCAAAAUAGCAGAUACUUGGAUUUCACUCGAUAAUAAAAUUAAGGAGGUGGCUCAGGAUCUGGAAAAGGGCAAAUACCAAUAUAUACUGUCAUCUACGCCAACCUUAGAAGCUCCACUUCUUGUUGGCACUUUUUUGCGUCGCGAUUGGAAGAGAAAAGAAUGGUUGCAGCGUGUUGUGACUAUUAGGCCGCCAUUAUUACUAAUUCACGCACAUCCAGAUGAUCCAAAUGAAAAGGUGGAAUCUUCAUUCAGAAUUAACACGUUGAGGUGUGAAUUGUUCGAGAAUUCUACUAAUCCGCGCACAAUUGAGGCCAGGAGACAGCAUUCUAACGGAUUACACCUGGAAGUUAUCUCUGACCAACCACAAAGUUCUGCAAAUAUAGUGCUCUUGGCAUCAUCCUCAAGUUCAAUACCAAGGAUUUGGGUACAAGCAUUGAAUGAGCUAAAGAAGAUUGAAAACGACAAUGAUACUAAUGGUGAUGACAAUCCUUAUAGUUCUAAUGUAAAGGCUGAUAUAUCUCCUAAAUCGCCUUUAUCCUUCCUAAAAUAUGCUAGGAAUGGGGUUAAAAAAUACUCUAUUGAGCACACGGAUAUAGACGCAAGCACUGUAAAUGAUAUCCCCGAUGUGUGCCGAUCACCUGUACACUUUUCUGAGCGCCAAUUCACCAAUGAAUCAGAUAAAAAUGAAUAUUUGCAUGUGCCACAGUUGUCUUUAACUGAAACUAUUGAUAGUAGUUCAAAAAAUACCACUUCAAUAAGAUCUGGAAAAGACUAUGACCCAUAUUCACUGAAUAGGAAAUGGAGUCUAACAACCAAGUCACUAAACCGCAAUAAGCAAAAAUCGAAACUGUUUGAGCAUGAGAGUAGUGUGGUGGAUAAUUUUGACUUUUCACAAAUUCCCCAAUUUGUUUACGAGGGAUCGGAAAAUGACGCCGAUGAUUAUGAUAAAGAUCACUCAUCUAUACACACUGUCAUUUGA